UCACCUACUUCCUGUCUUGUUAGCACUAGCAUCACGACUCAGAUAAAUUAUGAAGGAAAGAAUGAAGUUAUUUUAAAAAAUACAUAAAGUGUUACUGACAUUAUAAAAUACGGUGUCUUAAGGGAGUUUUAAAUUUUUUUCGCGGUAACGUUAUGGCAGGGACUGGGAGAAAAAGAAAGAUCCUAGCAUUGACAGUAUUAGCAGCACCUGAGCAUAAAGACGGGAUGGAUUUGAAACUGUCUCACGACAAGCUGAAGAAGCCCAUUCAAAGUCAAAAAACUCAAAGUGCUGAGACAGAGCGAAGCCAUUAUUUCACCAAGAAUGACCUCCAGCACAGACUUGGAGAGGAGUUCUUCAACCAGUCUUGCAUCAGACUGGCUAAAGCAUUCCUCGGCAAGGUGUUGGUCCGCAGGUGUGCAGAUGGUACUGAGCUUCGAGGGAGAAUAGUGGAAACUGAAGCCUAUCUCGGAGGGGAGGAUAAAGCCUCACACUCAGCAGGAGGCAAACGCACUGAGAGAAACACAGCUAUGUUCAUGAAACCAGGCACAAUCUAUGUGUAUCCAAUCUAUGGCAUCUACCUUUGUAUGAACGUGUCUAGUGAAGGGGAGGGUGCAGCCGUGCUGCUGCGCUCACUUGAGCCCCUGCAGGGUCAGCCUGUCAUGAGGCAGCUGAGGACAGCCAGGCGCAAAGACGGAGCCAGACAACUGAAGGACAAAGAGCUCUGCAACGGGCCUUCAAAGCUGUGCCAGGCUCUAGAUAUACACCGCUGUUUUGACCGUCGAGACCUAGCCUCAGACCACGAGGUGUGGCUGGAGAGGGACCCUAACGCAAAUCCAGCAGAACCCAGUGAUAUAGUAGCAGCACCACGCAUUGGAAUUGAGUCCCAUGGGGAAUGGGCCAAGAGGCCAUGGCGGUUUUAUCUUCGUGGGCACCCCUGUGUUAGCGUAGUGAGUAAAGACGCAGAAAUACAGUCUCUGUCUGGAAAUGUAAUGAACGAUUUAGGUCCUUCAGAUGUGCAGUCUGACAAAGGGCAGCACAAUGUCAAAAGGACUUAACAAUAUUUCAUAAACUGCUCUGCCAUCUGUUCCCUUUUUGGACAUCACCAUUUAGACAGGAUAAAAACUUUUCUGUUAUUACAGUUGGGAUAGACUACUUCUUACACAUUAAAUUAAUACAUUUGGAAAUAAUUCCAUUAUACAAGUUAAAGUCAAGAUGGUACAAUAACUUCCAUGACUGGUUGAAAUACUAGUCUAAAUACUAAUCUGCAUAAAUUAUACAAUUUUUUCCUUAUCCAUAUAAGCUGCUACUUGUUUCGACACAGCGUAUUUAUGGUACUGAGGCAAAGUUGUACUGGAAACUAAUAGACUAAAAUUUAAGUCGGCUAGAGUAAGACACGAUUAAUCAGUGCCUAUUUAAAAAAUCUGUUCUGAAACAUACCUUUACUCACUCGUGUGUUUUUUUUUGUUGGUCUUCCAUCUGUGCUUUUUAAUAAACAUUCAAACUUGA